CACACACACACACACACACACAAACACAUACACACUCUCUCUCUCAUCUCCUCUCUCGCUUCUCCGGCGACACUCGCCGAAAUCUGAUCGGAAAACUCACACACUAAAAAGGGUCUCCGGCACUCUCGUCAUUUCGUUUUCUAAUUGAUCACAUUGAUCAAUUCAAGAUUAGAGAAGAGAAAAGAAAAAAACAAACCCAAGCAUUUCAAGAUUCUUUCUUGGUUUCUACAAUGGUGAUUAGGAAUUCACAAUAUAACCGGAUCAAGGUCGCCUCUUUUUCACAAUAAACAAAUACCCACAUUACCAAAUCGAAAACCCACUUCUUUCCCCCUCGAUUCUCGCAUCAAAAGAUAGUAUAUAUAUUAUAUAAAUCGAGGGUUUCGUUGAAAUGAAAUCAAGAAAGUAGAUAUGGUGUUCUUGUUAGUGUUAGUGGUAGUAUUAGUAAUAAAAUGUGUUGUUGUAGUAGAUUAGUUGACAAGAUUGAGGAGAAGGAGGAGGAGGAGGAGCAGUUGAAUGAAAUGGGUGGUUGUGUAACGUUUACAGGUGGAGGUGGUGGGGAAGGUAGUAAAGGGGACAAAUCGAAUUCAAGUUUAAUGGUGUUAUCUCAAGCUAAAAUGAUACUUUGGAUGACUCGAGGAAUGACAACGUUGUUACUAUGGAUCUGUGUUGUUCAAUUAUUAACUGUUGGUGAAGUUUGGGGUCCAAGAUUGUUGAAAACUUGGCCUUCUUGUUACACACAUCCACAAACCGACAUCCGUUCUUCAUCUUUGAUCGAACCCAGAAUCCUUCUUCCCCCAAAAAGGACUUACAAGAACAAUGGUUAUCUUAUGGUUUCUUGUAAUGGAGGACUCAAUCAAAUGCGAGGAGCAAUUUGUGACAUGGUUGCUGUUGCAAGAUACUUAAAUGUGACAUUAAUCGUUCCAGAAUUGGAUAAAUCAUCAUUUUGGGCUGAUCCAAGUGACUUUGAAGACAUAUUCGAUGUCGAUCAUUUCAUCAAAUCCUUACGUGAUGAAGUUAGAAUACUUAAAGAACUUCCCCCAAGGCUUAAAAGAAGAGUCGAUUUAGGAAAAUUUCACUCAUUAGCACCGAUUAGUUGGUCUGACAUAACAUACUAUCAUCACCAGAUUCUUCCACUUAUUCGAAGGUAUAAAGUUGUACAUUUAAACCGAACCGAUGCUCGACUUGCGAACAAUGGGCUUCCACUUGAGAUACAAAAACUUCGUUGUCGAGUGAAUUUUAGUGGUUUAAAAUUCACUUCACAAAUUGAAGAAUUAGGUAAAAAAGUUGUGAAGAUUUUAAGAAAAAACGGGCCAUUUUUGGUUCUUCAUCUUCGAUACGAAAUGGAUAUGUUAGCGUUUUCCGGGUGCACUCAAGGUUGCAAUGGUGAUGAAGUGGAAGAAUUGACAAGAAUGAGAUAUGCGUAUCCAUGGUGGAAAGAGAAAGAAAUUGAUUCUGAUAUUAAGAGAAAAGAAGGGUUGUGUCCAAUGACACCGGAAGAAACCGCUUUGAUUUUACGUGCUUUGAGAAUUGACCGUGGGAUUCAAAUUUAUAUUGCCGCCGGUGAAAUUUAUGGCGGCGAUAGGCGGAUGGCUAGUUUGGCUGCAGAGUUUCCUAAUCUGGUUCGAAAGGAGAUGUUGUUGGACCCUUUGGAGCUAGGGUUUUUCCAAAAUCAUUCGUCACAAAUGGCGGCACUUGAUUACUUUGUUUCUUUAGAAAGCGAUAUUUUUGUUCCGACAUACGAUGGAAACAUGGCUAGAGUAGUUGAGGGCCAUCGAAGAUACUUAGGAUUCAAGAAGACGAUUCGGUUUGACCGAAAGAUAUUGAUUGACUUAAUAGAUCGAUAUAGCGAAGGGUCUGUGAGUUGGGAUGAGUUUUCAAAUACUGUAAAAGAAGUGCACGCGGAUCGAAUGGGUCAACCAAUGAGACGGGUUAUGAUCUCGGAUCGACCAAAGGAAGAAGAAUACUUCUAUGCAAAUCCAUAUGAGUGUUUGGAUUCAUGAGAAGAUUAACAAGAUUUGCCACUGAUUUUUAAUCUGAGAUAGUUGAAGAUUCUCUUUGAUUGUAUACUUAGAGUAUAUACAAUUUCUUGCAAAAAAAUGGUUCAUGUUCUUUGAGAGUAUUUUGAAUAUAUAGUAUACGUAAAGUUUUUUUUA